CGGGGCGGCGACCUGUCCUUUGGGCUGGCCAUGGCGUCCGUAGGACCUGUGCGUUCCGGGAGCACAGCCCUUGGCCUUCCGCACCUACUGACCCUAGCGAUCCUUACACUUGCCUCUGAAGCGUGUAAAGAAGUGAUCCUUCGGGUUCCCUCUGAACUACCUGCUGAGAAAUUUGUUGGCCGAGUGAACCUGAAGGCCUGCCUGAAAUCGGCAAAUCUCAUUCAUCUGAGUGAUCCUGAUUUUCAAGUCUUUGAAGAUGGUUCUGUGUACACAACCAAUUCUGUUGUUUUGUCUUCGGGCCAAAGAAGCUUUACAAUAUGGCUUUUCAACACGGACAGCCAAGAAGAAAGAGAGCUGUCUGUCCACUUAGAGGGCCCAGUAGAGGUACUAAAUAAAAGACUGCAUGCAGAGAAAGUUCUCAGUCGUUCCAAGAGAAGAUGGGCUCCUAUCCCCUGUUCCAUGAUGGAGAAUUCCUUGGGUCCCUUCCCACUUUUCCUUCAACAGAUCCAAUCUGAUACAGCUCAAAACUACACCAUAUACUAUUCCAUCAGAGGCCCAGGAGUUGAUAGAGAACCUCUAAACUUAUUUUAUGUGGAAAGAGAUACGGGAAACCUGUAUUGCACUGGUCCCGUGGAUCGUGAGCAGUAUGAGUCCUUUGAGCUGACGGCGUUUGCAACAACUCCAGAUGGGUAUACGCCUGAGUACCCGCUGACCCUCAUCAUUAAGAUCGAGGACGAGAAUGACAACCACCCGAUUUUUACAAAGACAACAUACAGUUUCACAGUUCUGGAAAACAGUGCAGUUGGCUCUGUCGUGGGAGAGGUCUGUGCGACUGACAGCGACGAGCCUGAUACGAUGCACACUAGGCUGAAGUACUCCAUCCUAGAGCAGUCGCCCUCACCGCCCACUUUGUUUACCAUGCAUCCCACUACGGGUGUGAUCACGACCACAUCGUCUCAGCUGGACAGAGAGUUAAUUGACAAAUACCAGUUGAAAAUAAAAGUGCAGGACAUGGAUGGCCAGUAUUUUGGCUUGCAGGCAACAGCCACCUGCAUCAUCACUGUCGGAGAUGUGAAUGACAACCCUCCAACCUUCACUCGCACUGUGUAUGAGACAUCAGUGGAAGAAAAUACAAUUGAUGUGGAAAUCUUACGACUUUCUAUCCAGGAUAAAGAUUUAGUUAACUCUCCUAACUGGAGAGCUAAUUACAACAUCUUAAAGGGCAAUGAAAAUGGAAACUUCAAAAUUGAAACAGAUCCCAAAACCAAUGAAGGCAUUCUGUGUGUGGUUAAGCCUCUGAACUAUGAAGAACGAGAACAGGUGACCCUACAAAUUGGUGUCGUUAAUGAAACCCCAUACACUAGAGAGGCUACUGCAAGGUCACCCAUGAGCACAGCUACAGUGACUGUCACCGUGAAAAAUGUGGAUGAGGGCCCUGAGUGUAUCCCUCCAGUCCAAACUGUGCGGAUUCGAGAAAAUGUGCCAGUUGGAACCAGAAACAAUGGGUAUACAGCGUACGACCCUGAGACCAGAAGCAGCAGUGGCAUCAGGUACAGGAAGUUAAGUGACCCAAGAGGAUGGGUCAUGGUUAAUGAAGACUCAGGAUCAAUCUCCAUUUCCCGAACCUUGGAUAGAGAGGCUGAGACUGUCCGAAAUGGCAUCUAUAAUAUUACAGUUCUUGCGUUAGAUGCAGCUGGGAGAAGCUGUACUGGAACUCUGGGAAUUGUUCUUGAAGAUGUGAAUGACAAUGGCCCCUUCAUCCCCAAGCAGACGGUGGUAAUUUGUAAGGCCACCAUGUCCUCCGCUGAAAUUGUUGCAGUUGAUCCUGAUGAGCCAGUGAAUGGCCCACCAUUUGAUUUUAGUUUGGAGAGUACCGAUUCAGAAGUACUGAGGAUGUGGCGAUUGACAAGGAUUAACGAUACAGCGGCUCGUCUGUCUUAUCAGAAUGACCCUUCAUUUGGAUCCUACGUAGUUCCUAUCCGAGUCACGGACAGACUCGGUCUGUCCUCAGUCACUUCACUGAAUGUCCUCAUUUGUGACUGCAUCACUGAAAGUGACUGCACAGCCCGCUCAGGAGAAAGGACCGGCUAUGCCGACGUGAGACUCGGACCAUGGGCUAUUCUUGCUAUACUGUUGGGCAUAGCCUUGCUGUUUUGUAUCCUGUUUACGUUAGUCUGUAGUGUCUCCCAGGCAACGAAGCAGCAGAAAGUUAUUCCUGAUGAUUUAGCGCAGCAGAACCUAAUUGUAUCCAACACCGAGGCUCCUGGAGAUGACAAAGUUUAUUCCACAAACGGCUUCACAACUCAAAUGGUCGGAGCUUCUGGGCAGGCAGCUUUGGGAAUGUCGGGAGCAGGAGCCAAAAGUGGAGGGCAAGAGAGCACUGAGAUGGUGAAAGGAGGAUCCCAGACCUUAGACUCCUGCCGCGUGGCCGGCCAUCACCACACCCUGGAUCCCUGCAGAGGAGGACGCGUGGAGGUGGACAACUACAGAUACACUUACUCCGAGUGGCACAAUUUCACGCAGCCCCGACUUGGUGAAAAGGUGCAGUUGUGCCAUGAGGAUGACAAUCAGACGCUCGCUCAAGACUACGUCCUCACGUACAGCUAUGAAGGAAGAGGCUCAACCGCUGGCUCUGUAGGUUGCUGCAGUGAGCAACCAGAAGAAGACAGACUUGAAUUUUUGGACCAUUUGGGGCCUAAAUUUAGGACAUUAGCAGAAGUAUGCACAAAGAGGUGAAGAACGCCUACCAGGGUAACCAAACUAAUAAAUUUAUUACUUUUUCCUACCUGCUUUUAAAUAUAAACUAGGCUUUUUCAAAAAAGAAGAUAAUGUCUUUGGGGCUCCCCCCCAGCCUGCCUUGGUCUGCAGAAUCUCCAGAGACGCACAUUUUCAGAAAGACCUUGGACUUUAGUACAUUUGAACUUGAAAACCAUUCUGCAUGGGCUUUAAUUGAUCCUCUUACCCAGGUGUCACCUACAGGUGGAACUUUAAGGAAAUUUGCAUUAUUGUUUACAUUGGGCAUAGUGACAUCAACCAACUUAUUGUACAGUAAAAUUUAAUGGAUCUGAAUCUAUUUAUGGACUACUUGACCUAUACCCCAAUUGGAGACUGUAGAAACUGUUAUUUCCAGCUAAUGGGUUAAUUGAUUUUUCAUAUGGUGCUUGGAAACUGUUGUUUUCCCGAACACUCUAAACUGUAUAUACUGUGUGUUACAUUUGUUGUAUUCUCGUAGCAUGGCUUGACUUCUUAGUAUAAAAGUAGACUGCCAGGUAGUUAUUGAGUGUGUUUAUUGUUCCAUUCCAGCGGGGUUUGCUCUUAGGUUCUAUUCUGGGUGAAACCCUACACUGCAUCUACAUCUCCUUUGCAUUGACUUUGUUAGUUAAAUUUAGAUUUCAAAAUUUCUUUAAAAUAUAUUUUUAUUACUCUUAUAACUUUUUUGUUUUUGUUUUUCCUGUGAAAUACCAAAUGGUCUACAUUCCCAUCCCCUUUCCACUUCCUUUUUUCCCCUCUCCUGUCAAUUCUAAAACUUGUACUUGGAGAAUCCAAAAGUUCUCAAAAGUUGUCUCUUUUCAUAAAAUAGUUUUUCUGUGGCAUGUAAGCAUGUGCGUUGUCAGUUUUCUUAAGGUCAAUGUAAUAGCAACUUUGCUUUGGAAUUUUUGGUAAUUGCUUAAUUCUUAGUGAAGAAGUUUUAAUUAUUUCAUCGAAACUAAGGCUCUUUCAUGAUCUGUUAGAAGCAACAUUCUAUAUAACAGAAACAGCAAUAAUGUAGUUAGAAGCAGGAUGUGGCUAUCUAGUGUAGAAAGGCUCAUUUAUGAUUUCUAUCUUUAAUUCAGGGACACUGGAAAUGGGAAAUAGUGAUGGUCUCUGAACUAAACUUCUUGGCAUAAGAAUUUCAAUCCAUCUCUGGGAUAACAACUUAAUAACUUUUUAGAUGCUAUAGCUAGUCAUAAUUACAUGACUGUAAAAUUAUUUUUAAAAUAGUUUGUAAUUACAGCUUUUACCAAAUAUAGGAAUGGGCCAAAUGAUCUAAAACUGUUAAGAAUUUAUACAUGAGUAAACUUCAUAGCCAACCAUAGAUCAGAGGUCACACCUCCUUCCGUGAGCUCAGCACUUACAUUUGGUGCAUGGAUAUUCUAGGUGCACUUGUGAUGUGUGUGACUGUUCUGGUGUGUCUGGCUUGAAUUCACCAGGCUGGCUUAUAACAAUUAUUUUUCAGAACAAAGAUUUGGAAAAAUUUGGAAUACCAGUUAUGUUUGCAGUAGAGUCAUUAAUAUUUUGUCAAAAAUAUUGCCAGUUAUUUUUAAUA